GACCGGCAUCAGUCUGCGCGUGUCUCUCCGGUGCCGGUGACGGGAGCGUUUCCGCGGGGUGUGCUCAGUCCUUUUCAUUGUAACACUUCGAGAGCAUUGUACAGCUUUAUUUGUGGAGUUACAUUCAUUUCAUGUGAUUGAAGUUCCAUCAGGGAGUCCAGAUCAGAUCGGCUGUUUCUGCGCCAGAGGCACCGGAGCUCCUGCGCUUCGGUUCGGCUCCUCUCAGCUGAUCUUUGCUGAUUUUAACAAUUCAUUGAGCCGGACUGGACUGAUACUUUGAGGUCUGACAACUUGAACAACUCCAGGAGCAGGAUGUCGUGUCUCGAUGUCGGUGGGCUGCAGGUUUUAGCAGUUCUGCUUGUGUUCUGCACUGGCUGUGGUCUGACUCAAGCAGAGACUCUUGUGACUGUCCGAAGAGUAACCCGCCCGUCUUUGCGACACCCUUUAGCGGGCUCCGCCCUCCUCCCGUGUGUGUUCACCUUGUCGCCGGGCCUCUCACCAGGUCACGGCCCAUACAUCCACUGGACCCAUCGCUCAGGAGACCAGGAGAGGACAGUCCUGUCUGCCCGGGACGGGGUGGUGAAGGUACACAAGGCUUACGCAGGACGGGUCAGUUUGCCGGGUUACUCCGCCAACCCGCUGAACGCAUCACUGGCGCUCUCGCAGCUCCGCUCCAAUGAUUCCGGGACUUUCCAAUGUCACGUCGCACUGGGAGACAAUUAUGAGCAGGAUACAGUCAACCUUGAGAUCACAGGUGUGGUGUUUCACUACCGUAUGGCGGCAGACCGGUAUUCUCUCUCCUUUGCGGACUCCGUUCGUGCAUGUGAGCAGAAUUCGGCUCAAAUUGCCACUCCAGAGCAGCUGUGGGCAGCGUUUCACUCGGGCAUGAACAGCUGUGCGGCCGGCUGGCUCAAAGAUCAGACCGUCAGGUACCCCAUCCAGAGACCAGAGCUCGGCUGCUAUGGACACACAGAGUAUUCUCGUGGAGUGAGGAAUUAUGGGAAACGCGAUCCUGCCGAAUUGUUCGAUGUGUACUGUUUCGCCAGCGACAUGGAAGGUGACGUGUUUAUCGCCGCUGUCCCUGACAAACUGACUCAUCCUGAGGCCUCGGCUCACUGCGUGUCGCUGGGAGCUCAGCUGGCGACCGUCGGGCAGCUCUAUCUGGCCUGGUGGUCUGGACUGGAUCACUGUGAGCCUGGCUGGCUGGCUGACGGCAGCGUGAGAUAUUCUGUCAACACACCGCGGUCAGAGUGUGCGGGAAGAGAACCAGGCGUCCGAACGGUUUCACCAGCGGAGCUGAGCAAUGGAACGGCACGCUUUGAUGCCUUCUGCCAUCAAGCAAAGAAACCACAAAGGGCUCUGACGAGCAUUGUGAAAUCUUUGCUGCGGCCGUGGAGGUACAUGACUGGAGACAAUGACAACAGUUCAGAGAAAACCGAGGAUACAUCGAAAUCUUCUUCUGCCACCCACACAUCCACUGGAGUUCAGGGUCUGCUGGACCUUCAACCCUCUAACUGGACCGGGCAGGUGGAUUUGGACAAAGAGCCACACGUGACCUCUGAACCCACUGAACUGACAGCCGGAUAUCUGACAGUCCUACUCCGAGCUGGAGACACGGAUCUGGACUGGAGUGGCCUGCUGGACUCGUUCCCGGACAGUGAGCAGGCGGUCCCUGCCCCAGGGUCAGACUUCACCUCCGAGAGUCCCGGCGGUUCAGCCAAAGAGGAAGAGGAUGAAGACGAAGGUCUAUCAGGUCAGUCGGUCUCUCCAGCAGCUUCAGAGAUGCAGCAGGGAAAGAGUGAGAGUUCCCUUACAAACAUUGUCAGCUCAUUGUGGAAACCUUGGAGCUAUCUGACAGGAAGUGAGGCAGUGAUGACACCUAAAAGCGUCACGGCCACCGAGACGCCUGUGACGGACAUCAAAUCAACUGCAGCUCCUGGAUCAGGUUUGACGUCAUGGUGGGGCCGCUCGUGGUUGUCCGGUCCAUCAACAGUCACUGAUAAAUUAAUCACCUCCAAUCCGCCUGUGAGCUCGAAAGCACCAACAAAAUUCCCGUCAACUGUCACCAGAGAUGAAUUAAGCGACAAUCGACCCAGUAGACCUGGACAGACUAUCCCAGCAACAACAGGAGAUUGGGUCGAAGUGACAAAAACCCCUGAGCAGAAAGCGAGGACCACUGACGUCAACGUUCCGACAACGAGAAAAGUCGGGGCUGUAUCGACUGAGCAGUUGCAAAGAUUGUCCUUAGCAGAGAACUUCUCUGGAGAGAACCAAGCUCCAGACAUGGAGGGCAGCUCUUGCUGCGAUACAUAUCUGUUGUCAGGUACCACGUCCCAAACACCACUCACAGUCGCAACAAGUACCGGUUCGUUCACAACCGCACUUAGCCAAGACGAAAGCGUGGAAGAGGUGCGUGGAGAAAUUCAGUACAGGAGAAGAAACAAACCCAAGAGACUCAAUCAAAGUACCACAGACAUGACGACAACAGUCGCCAAGAGCAGUGCUGUAUCUUCUAGCACUGGAAACACAGGUACAACCAUCUCGACAUCUGCAGACGAGUCUCAAACAUCAAGCUUUGGAACGACGGCACCCGGCAUCACAGAGCGAGAUCUGACCAGCGCUGAGGUGAUCAGGAUAAACAAUUCCAGUGGAUCAGAAGCGGGCGACAGAUGCAGCUGUCUGCAUGGAGGAACGUGUCUUCCACACGGAGAGGGUUUCCGAUGCUUCUGUCCGCAGGGUUACGCUGGAGAGAGCUGUGAAAUCGAUGUUGACGACUGUCAGUCCAACCCGUGUGAGAACGGAGGCACCUGCAUUGAUAAAGAAGACUUGUUCAUAUGUGUGUGUUUGCCCAGCUACAGCGGCGACAGAUGUGAGAGAGACACAGAGGGUUGUGAACACGGUUGGAAGAAGUUUCAUGGUCACUGCUAUAGACUGUUUCCACGGCGACACACCUGGGAGGAUGCUGAGAAGGACUGCAGGGAGCACAGCAGUCACCUGACCAGCGUCACUUCCUCCAUGGAGCAGGACUUCCUCAACGGUUUGGGUCAUGAGAACGUUUGGAUUGGACUGAAUGAUCGUACAGUAGAAGAGGAUUUCCAAUGGACAGAUGCAUCAGACGUGGUGUAUGAAAAUUGGCGCGAGAAUCAGCCGGAUAAUUUCUUCGCAGGUGGCGAGGACUGCGUGGUGAUGAUCUCCAGAGAAGACGGCAAGUGGAACGAUGUGCCCUGCAACUAUAAUCUACCAUACAUCUGCAAGAAAGGAACGGUUAUGUGCGGCACGCCGCCUGCCGUAGACAACGCCUACCUAGUGGGUCGCAAAAGGUCACACUAUGACAUCCACGCAGCAGUGCGAUACCAGUGUGACGACGGGUUCUUCCAGCGACACAUACCGACCGUCCUCUGCCGACCCAACGGAACCUGGGAGCGUCCCAAGAUCAUCUGCACCAAGUCACGAAGAUCUCACCGCUACCGUCGGCAACACCAUAGAUCCCGCCGUGAGCAUCGAAGACACCGCCGACAUGGGCACAGGGGGCGGGAUUAAGAGUUUCCGUGACCCCGAGACACCAGUUUCUGUGCUUUCACAGUCCGAAAGUUCAGAGGAUAUCAAAAACAGACCCUGAAGGACAAAAACAAUCACUCACAUCUCCUUCUCUUCGUACAAAUGUUUUCUUUUCGAUUAAACCUUAAUUUUUUACUGCUGUUUAUUAAAGUUUAUUUAGGAUUCAGUAACCCGGUUUGAUCAUGUUUGGAGAGAACUUUCUUAAAUAACAAACUCUACAGUCCUUAGUUGGACCCCAUAACUUAAUACACAGAGGGUUUUUACAUGCAAACUGGCUCUAUGUACAGGAUAUGUGAGUCAGUUUAUACAUGCAGUCUGCAGUUAUGGAGGACACGGCUGAUUGGCAUUUAUAGCAUAGUUGGAUUGAUUUAAACAGCAGCCGAGAGUUCUUGUAGGUAAUGCAUUGUAUUUGUUUAGCUUUAGAUUUUUUGAUUUAUGUAAUGCUUUAAAGAUAUGUAAUGAAUGUUGUCCAGAUUCCCUGAAAUGAAAGAACUAAUGCCCUUCAUGUUCUUGCCAGCUUCUAUCACAAAAAAGGAGUUGUGGGAAAUUCGAAUGGAAAUUUGCGGAUGUGAAUUGUGGUCAUUUUGUCCACUCAAGUACUUGUCAGAUAAAAAACAGAGCUCUGGAGUCAACAGCUAAACAAUUUUUAAAUCGUUGGUCUUUGUUAAAAUGCAAACGUCUUUGGCUGUUGCGGACUGAGGCCAUGUCCACACUAAUGCGUUUUUGUUUGAAAAUGCAUUAAUUUCGCUACAUUUUGGCCACACUGAGACAGCGUUUUUGUCUAGCGAAAACAGGGCUUUUCAAAAAUGCCCUCACGAAAAAUCUAGAGGUCUAGUAAUCUAGCUGCAAACUUGCCGCAAAUAUGCCACUCAUUAUUUUAACAUGCAAACCAGCUUGUGAUUUGCCGCAAAUGUUUGCCAGAAGUUUGCAGCUCUUCGCCAGUGGUGGUGAACCUGCAGCAAACCUUUGGCAACAAUGGACAAUUUGGCAAUGAAGAGUUUUCCACAAAGCUCAUUUGCAUGUGAAAUAAUCAGUGACGAACUUGCGGCAAGUUUGCAUCAAAUUUGCCAGAACUCUCGAUUCUUUUAAGGGUGCUUGCCCAAGUAGAUCAAUUGGAAAACACUGUCAUCGCAUUGUAGUGUGGUUAGGGAAAACGGAGAUGUUCGAAAACUAUUUUUCUUGUGACGCAGUCCUACAAAAAAUCUAGAGGUCUGGCAAACGUUCUGCAAACUAGCCAAAAAUGUACGGCUAAUUUGCCACUCAUUAUUUUCACAUGUAAAUCAGCUUGCGAUUUGCCGCAAAUGUUUGCCAGAAGUUUGCAGCAAACCUUUGGCAACAAUGGACAAUUUGCUGCUACCGACAAACACUUCUGUGGCAAACAUGUGGUAACAUUGAAGAGUUUGCCGCAAAGCUCAUUUGCAUGUGAAAAUAAUCUGUGGCGGACUUGCGGCUAUUUGCCAGAACUCUCGGUUUUUGUAAGGGUUAAACCCAAAAAUAUCAAUAUGCCGGCUCAAGUUGUAGAGGCUUUGUUGUGCCUGUUAUCCACUAUGAUGGCGUUGUUAAAGAUAAAUGUUACCUCAAGUACAACCUUCACAUUGCAUUCCUUCAAAGGCGACCGGAAGUUUACUCAGAAUUGCUGAGGCGGAACACGAGGACAAUUGCGUUUCAGACCGUACAUGGAAAUGAUGCAGAGCCACACUUCUUACGUUUUUUACACAUGCGCAGUAAAGGGAUUUAAGUGUUUUCAGAUGUUUCAGUGUGGACAAGCAACUUUUGGAAAAUGCUUGAAAAUGGCAGUUUGGACAGGGAGCACUUUGAAAACGAAAACGCCAUUUUCAAAUUUAUCCGGAUUGAUUCGGACGUAGCCUGAUAGUCUACAUGUUGACACAAAUCGGAUGAAUUUUAUUGCAAGACUGCGACCUAAAUGAUGCCACAACCAAUCACAAUAUAAAAAAUUAGCCCCCUUUUCUCGCUGUUUUUUUGCAUCUAGCACCAUGAGCAUUGUUUUUAAGAUAGUGUGUCAAGUUAAAUCAUUAAAAAUAGCACCUGGAUUGCAAGUUACCAUGUUGAGAAAAGAGCGGUUUCCCUGGGUCGCCCGUCUCAGGUGCGCUUCGAAGCCUUCCUCGGUUCUUGGCGGCAGGCCGUGAGACGAGGGGGCGUCUGCUUCCUGCGGGUGGCUCCACGCCAGGGCCGCUGCCGGGGCGGGCUGCGGCAGAGCCGGUGUUGUUGCCGCAGGGGGACGCCCUUGGCGACGAGCAGACGGGGUGCGGGAUCUUGAUCCACGCCGGGGCAGGAUGUGCUGAAUAACCUCCGUCUGCUUCUUAACCGCUGAGAACUGCUGGGCAAAGUCCUCAACGGUGUCGCCGAAUAGACCAACCUGGGAGAUGGGGGGCGUCAAUUUUAAAAUCGUAAAAAAAUAGCGCCCGGAUUGGAAAUCACCAAGUUGGAUGCAAUCCAACAAAUUUUACUGCUAGGCCGCAACCAAAAUGACAUCAUAACCAAUCACAAAAUAAAAAAAAUUAGGCCCUUUUGGGCACAUUUCUGUAUAGCUGUUACUGGAUUUCAAUCAUUCUGAAGUCAAGUCACAAAACUUUUAGAUCAUUGCUGUCAUUGUCGAGUACUUAGGUACUUGUGUCCAUACCUAAUAUUUAUAAACAAUCACUGCACUCUGCAUUCUCUGUACCAUAUGAUAUGUUACAUUCUGAUGAAUUUAAUUUGCAUGUGUUUGCUAAAGAGUUUAGUGUGUUUCCAAAAAUCUAGAAUUACUAAUUGGUGAGAUGACUAAAACUAGUGGUUCGAGUCGAGCGGCUGCCCUGUCUGAUUUGAGCUCAUUUGUGUGUUGGAUCGAGGUCUUCUCGCUCAGAUGAUCUCUGUAACGCUCUACACAUCAAACAGAGAUGCUUAGAGGUGCUUGUCAUGUUUGUGUGUUGAUUUAAACAUCACACUAUCAUCUCUGUGCUCAGUGCAUAAUUGUUCACGAGAGUCUGUUUGAGUGAUUCAGAAGGUGUUUGUUUCCUGAGCAUAUGUCUCCGUUCUGAUUCUCAUGCCCUCUGAAAACAUGAACAGGAAGAAUGUCGAUGCUCCUGCUGCUUUUGGCUCUGAUGAACUUCAGCGUUCAUUAGCAAACCCUGUUGAGGUGUGAAUCUGACAUGUUUUAGGAUUUUGAGAUGGUUCCUUUUUACACGUAACAGCUUGAAGUGAUUAAAUGUGUCCUCACCAUGUGUGUGUAUCACAAGCCCUUUUCGAAAUUUAGGAUAUGAAUUAUAGAUAUCUACAUUUCAAUUUUUACUAGUUUAAAAUGGAAUUACUACUAGUGAAAAUGCUCAUUGAUAUGGGCUAGGUUUGCACUAGUAGCACUAGACAUCAUUCCUCGCAGAAAUACCCAUUCUUGAUAUCAAAAAUGGUAUUUUAACUAGUAAAAAUGAAUAAUUGUACUAGUUACAAUGAAGCCUAAUUAUUGUUAUCAAAACAUUUAAUUGUGUAUAUCUAUAAUUCAUAUCUGCCACGUGAUUAAAUGUCAAAGAGCUUGUGAGUGUGUGUGUGUGUGUUUCAAAUGUUUACUAGAUAAAGAUGAUACUCAUUAACUACAGUUCACAAAAACACACACACAGUAUGUUUGACACAGAAUAACCCAGUAACCCAACAUAACCCAGUAUUUUUUGUAAUGUCUAUUUACUCUGUCUUCAACACACAAAUAUGUCUGUUUAUAACAUGUAUUCAUUAGUAAACAUGGUGUUAGAUAAAGGCAAAUAAUCCGUAAAAUAAUCGAACUGAUCAACUCCAAACUUCAAAAAUCAACUUUCAGCUUUGUGUAUAUAAAUUGCGGUGAAGUUUGGCGGUCUGUGUCCUUUUGUUUUACUCAUAAAUGUAUUUACUCCUCAU